UGUGUGUGUGUGUGUGUGGAGUCAGCAGAGCCGGUGCAGAGGCAGCUGACAGCGUUGGAGGCGGAGCUACAGAAACAGACAGUGCAGCUCAGGGAGUGGCAGAUGGAGGAGCUUCUCAAACUACGACAACAACAACACUCACUGGAGAGAAAGAAGAGACACACACACCUACAAGAGCUGUCUCGGAAACUAGAGGAGACGGCCCAGGAAUGCCAGCCGGCUCAACUGAAAAACCUCAAGGACAUCUGUGCUAGAGAGAAGAAGGAGCUUCAGAAGAUUCUAGACAGGAAGAGACAGAACAGCAUCACCGAGGCCAAGAGCAGAGACCGAGACAAGGCCGAGUCGGAACAGAAUGAGAUCAACAGGAAGCAUAUCUCAGACUCUGUCACUUUAAUCCGCCGGUUGGAUGAGGCCCAGUUAAGGCGUCAGGAGAAGUUGGUUGUUGGUCAGAGAGAAGUCCUACGGCACAUAGAGGAGGAGAAACCACUGCUGAAGGCCCGGUUGGAGCAGGACUUUGUGACGGAGCUCCAACGUCUACCUGAGGAGAUCUGCCAAUAUCUGCAGACGGUCCUGGAGUCCAAAGGUCUCUGCAGCGACGCCCUCUUUUCCUUAUCCAAUCAUAGCAGCCCCAGCUCCAGCUCAGGCACGCCCUCCAACUGCUCCACGCCCACUUUACCCUUAACGCCCAAUAGCAGCGCCUGGAAUAGGAGCCUAGACAAUGGCAUCGCCUCAGUGGUGGAUUCAUCCUCUUCCUCUACUCCUGUCCAAUCAGAAGUAGAGUUGACCAUGGUGUGAAUUUAAUGAUGUGUAUUUUAUCAUAAUGGUUCUUGGGCUUUAAUUGGUGGAAAAAACAUAUUUUUUUUGUUUUCAUUUUUUUAUUUGUUUUAAAUUGUAAUUUUAUUUUUUAUUCGAUUAAAUAUAUUAAGAUGUUGAUUUGUUCAAUUCUUCUAUCCAGGGUUUUAGAGGUAGAGACAAAGUAACCAAGUUCAAAUAUAUGUUCUGUUAAUUCGUCAUUCUUUGCAUAUGUAUAUUUUUCUCAUCAAUGUCUGUCAGAGAUUUUGUCUCUUAACCACUAUCUGUCCCAAAACUUAAACUGUAGCUCCUCUUAACCACUAUCUGUCCCAAAACUCAAACUGUAGCUCCUCUUAACCACUAUCUGUCCCAAAACUCAAACUGUAGCUCCUCUUAACCACUAUCUGUCCCAAAACUCAAACUGUAGCUCCUCUUAACCACUAUCUGUCCCAAAACUCAAACUGUAGCUCCUCUUAACCACUAUCUGUCCCAAAACUUAAACUGUAGCUCCUCUUAACCACUAUCUGUCCCAAAACUCAAACUGUAGCUCCUCUUAAACACUAUCUGUCCCAAAACUCAAACUGUAGCUCCUCUUAAACACUAUCUGUCCCAAAACUCAAACUGUAGCUCCUCUUAACCACUAUCUGUCCCAAAACUCAAACUGUAGCUCCUCUUAAACACUAUCUGUCCCAAAACUCAAACUGUAGCUCCUCUUAAACACUAUCUGUCCCAAAACUUAAACUGUAGCUCCUCUUAACCACUAUCUGUCCCAAAACUCAAACUGUAGCUCCUCUUAAACACUAUCUGUCCCAAAACUUAAACUGUAGCUCCUCUUAACCACUAUCUGUCCCAAAACUCAAACUGUAGCUCCUCUUAAACACUAUCUGUCCCAAAACUCAAACUGUAGCUCCUCUUAAACACUAUCUGUCCCAAACUCAAACUGUAGCUCCUCUUAAACACUAUCUGUCCCAAAACUCAAACUGUAGCUCCUCUUAAACACUAUCUGUCCCAAAACUUAAACUGUAGCUCCUCUUAACCACUAUCUGUCCCAAAACUUAAACUGUAGCUCCUCUUAAACACUAUCUGUCCCAAAACUCAAACUGUAGCUCCUCUUAACCACUAUCUGUCCCAAAACUUAAACUGUAGCUCCUCUUAACCACUAUCUGUCCCAAAACUUAAACUGUAGCUCCUCUUAAACACUAUCUGUCCCAAAACUCAAACUGUAGCUCCUCUUAACCACUAUCUGUCCCAAAACUUAAACUGUAGCUCCUCUUAACCACUAUCUGUCCCAAAACUUAAACUGUAGCUCCUCUUAACCACUAUCUGUCCCAAAACUUAAACUGUAGCUCCUCUUAAACACUAUCUGUCCCAAAACUCAAACUGUAGCUCCUCUUAAACACUAUCUGUCCCAAAACUUAAACUGUAGCUCCUCUUAACCACUAUCUGUCCCAAAACUCAAACUGUAGCUCCUCUUAACCACUAUCUGUCCCAAAACUCAAACUGUAGCUCCUCUUAACCACUAUCUGUCCCAAAACUCAAACUGUAGCUCUUCUUAAACACUAUCUGUCCCAAAACUCAAACUGUAGCUCCUCUUAAACACUAUCUGUCCCAAAACUCAAACUGUAACUAUCUGUCCCUUAACUAAAACUGUAGCUCCUCUUAAACACUAUCUGUCCCUUAACUAAAACUGUAGCUCCUCUUAAACACUAUCUGUCCCAAAACUAAAACUGUAGCUCCUCUUAACCACUAUCUGUCCCAAAACUCAAACUGUAACAUCUGUCCCUUAACUAAAACUGUAGCUCCUCUUAACCACUAUCUGUCCCAAAACUCAAACUGUAAUCAUCUGUCCCUUAACUAAAACUGUAGCUCCUCUUAACCACUGUCUGUCCCAAAACUAAAACUGUAGCUCCUUUUAACCACUAUCUGUCCCAAAACUGUAACUAUCUGUCCCAAACUAAAACUGUAGCUCCUCUUAAACACUAUCUGUCCCAAAACUAAAACUGUAGUUCCUCUUAACCACUAUCUGUCCCAAAACUCAAACUGUAACAAUCUGUCCCAAACUUAAAACUGGUGGUUCGACUUGGGAGUAGUUUCUGUUUGGACUAUCUGAAUGGUUGGCAAUGUUUUGAUUUUCGAGAUUGGAGGGUCAGGAAGAGCCAAAAAGUUAAUCUCAGCAACCAAAAACAUUUGCGACACACUCUUGGCUGUCUGUGUUGAGGUGCAGUACACAGAUUGGACCGCUAGAUGGGGGUGUUGUAUCGGCGGUAGUGAGUGGUUUACCCCUCUGAGAUUCUCUGCUAUUGGCUAGGCAAAGGCUACAGCUAAUAACGUUUACAGAAGAAACUUGUGGGCAGCGCUAGCUCCGAGCUAGUGUAGCAUGAUGCUAACGCUACAUGAUAUAAUAGCUAAAAUGCUAAUCCCCUAAUCUGCAGCUGGGGGAUGGAUGGAUGGAUGGACGAACAGAGAGCGUUAAUGAAAGAGGGAUGAUGUGGAAAUGACAUCACAGACAGAGCAAGCUGUCAUUGGUCAGGAUGAGUUAUUGACCUCUGACCCCUGUAGUCGUCCAAUUGACAUCCUGCGCUGGUGUGGGGGCAGGGUCAGCCCAUAUGUGGACUAUAAUCAACUCUGUGUGAUGCACUGCACUGCUCCGGACGUGGCUUUCUAGGAA